AUUGUUAAUCGAGGGACUGCCUUGUCUCGCCCUCCCGUGGGCAACUGCUGCUAACAAACGAGCUGGCAGUGAUCCUGAGAGUGGCCAGUUUCCCCACAAAAGUUUGUGCGCAAUCCCCGGAGGCGUUUCAGUGCUUGCUAGGCAGGAGAGCAUUCGCACGACAAAUGCCGUCCUCGCACGGCUUCGACGCCUACUGCCGCAAGGCGGAACAGGGCGGCACGGUCGAGCGCAUCUGCGUCGCGCUCGACGUCGGGCUCGAGAUGCACGACGCCUUCGACGCGCGGCGGCCCGACGGCCCGACGCGCCUCGCCGUCGUGCUGCCGGCGCUGCGGACGUGGAUCACGCAGAAGUCCAGCUUAUCAACUGCUACGACGCAGUGGGGCCUCGUCGUGCUGCGCGACGCCGAGGCGGAACUGCUCCUCGCGCCGACGGAGCGCGAUAUCAUGCUCGCGACGCUGAACAGCGUGGCGCAGCCGCGGCGCCGUGACGCCUUCGAGGAGGAGGACGACGGCGUCGCCGACGCGCCCUUCGACUUCUCUAGUUUAUACAACGUGCUGGGCGCUGCCUUUGGGACGGCGCGGCCGGACGGCGCCGUCGACCGAUGUUUGGUGGUCUUCGGUCGAAGCCGGGCCGUACCGGUGGCGACCGGCGAGUUCGAACUAAAAAACAAGGGAGACUUCUUCCUGGACGCGAUCUACCUGCACGAGAAUGCGGCGCCUCCGGUCCGCGACGUCCAGGCCGUCUACGACACGCUCCGGAAGCUCCUGGUGCACCGGAGCUCCUACGUCAUGGAGACGACGCGCUCGCAGGAGAAGCUCAAGUCCUACCUCCUCCUGCUGCUGGCGCACCCCGUACUGCGCGACGCGCAGGACUCCGCGCUCGCGAAGUUGGAUCCCGAGGCGGCGCAGCGGACGGCGUCGCCGCCGCCGCCGACGGCUCCGCCGCCACCGCCUGGCUAAUUUGUCUGUUUGUAUCCUUCCGUGCGGAUUCAGGCUCCUGACCCCC